UUGCAUGAUCUUGUUUAAGCAGCGAUAAUCAAUGCAAUAACGCCAGGUACCAUCUUUCUUUUUCACAAGGAUGAUAGGCAAAGCCCAAGGGCUGGCUGAUGGUUCGAUGACCCCUUUGCGAAGCAUUUUGUCCACUUCUGAUUGGAUGACUCUAUGUUCAGCAUGCGAUACACAACAGGGAUGCCGACGAAUAGGAUUGGUGUCUCCAGUGUUUAUAUGGUGGUGAACAAGAGAUGUUUGACCUGAAGGCCUAUCGUCGAAUUCAAAGAUGUCACAGUACGAUUCGAGCAGGAGACGUAUGUCCGUCGCCUGUGCAGAGCAGUCAAAAGAUUCUCGCUGCUCCUUAGGCACUGGACACUCGCUCUUGUGGGUGCUUUUUUUGACAAGAGGGCUUCAUCUCAGAGGAUGAGAUCCUUGAGGCCACCAGCCUGGAGGUUGAUGGCCCCUUCUUCUGGGAUGCCGGAGCAGCGCUGGCUGCUGGCACUGAGAGGGCAGAUGGCAUCACUGCCGGCUCACUGCGUGUGGGCCGGACAGCCACCACAGGCCGUUGUGGCGCUGCCCCUUGACGCACCACUUCAGCAAAGGUGUUCUUUGGCAACAGAGUUCCAAAAGAAGGCCAUCUCGGGCCAUCUUCGUCACCUAGUAACCUGGUCCCAUAUUCUCUGUCAAGGUCUUGGCAACAAUAAACGCAAGAACGCCAGUCCCGUGGAGUCCAACAUGGAGAUGCUGUAGGACCUGCCACCGCAAGCCCCACAAACAUCAACUGUACGUUUCUGCUGUAACCAAAUAUAGUAUUCCCAAGGUUGGCUAUCCACACAAGCUCAAAUUUUGCUGCCCGUAAAAUAAGAAGUGAAAGGUAGAGAGGAGAAUACAGAAAAGAUUGAAAGUGAGAGAGAAAGACAAUGAUUGGAGAGGAAGAUAGGAAGACGCUACUAUCGAUUUAUGCUGGGUGGGUCAGUUCGGGGGUGCCGUCUACGUGAAGCCAAAGGAGGCCAAAGAAAUGUGUUGCCUCCGUCAGGGGCCCAUAAAGGUCCAAACUCCUGGUAUCAACUCAACCCCCAGGAUCCCCCUUUCGCCGGACAUGGCAAAGCCACGCAUGGUUAGGCACAUGAGGGUCCAACCUUUGCGUGCUCAGGUCUGUGAUGUCGAAACACACCAAAUGGAUGGAUGGAUGGAAGGUAGGAGCGUCCCCUUUGGAACGGGGUGGUGGCAGUUGUCACCAUGU